AUGCUUUCACUCCCCUUCAUUGGCCCGCAAGACGCCCACGAGCUCUGGUUCGGUGCUCCUCAUCACCGACGAAACCUUUCUCCACAACAAUCUAGCCCCGACGCCCCAACCCAUCACUCGAACCGUCGCAACAAUGCCCAAAACCCAGCCAGUCACCGUGGGUUCCUCCCCUCCCGCGCCCCAAACACUACCCUCGCCUCUCUACAAGCUGAAGAGCGCGCCCUACGUGUGCGCAAGAAUAAUAUUGCCUCCUUCGGCUACUCCUGGAUCCGGCCCGCCGGCUGCGCCAAGACCAUGCUGGGUAUGAAAGAAGAAGAGGCCGAGCGCGAGGAGGCGCUUGCAGCGCUGGCUGCGGAACAGGAGGCGGCCGCUGCAGGGGGUCUUGAUCCCGAUGAUGUGGGCAUGACAAUGGGUGAGGAGGGUGAAGAGGAAGAGGGCAUGGAGCGUGAUCUGGACGACGAUAUUCCCGAGGCGGAGGAGGGGCUCGUGGAGGAGGGUGAAGAGGGACUUGAAGAGGAUGGAUUGGGCGAUGAGGAAGGGUAUAUGGAGCGGGACUUGGAUGAUGAUAUUCCCGAGGGAUACCCUGAGGAUGACUACGAGGACGAAUCCGGGUUAUACGAGGAAGAGGUCGAUGAGGACUUUGACAACCUACCUGAUCUCGAUGCGGAUGUCCCCGAGGCUGCCGGGAGCGAGGACCUCAGUCGUGACUUGGAUGAUGAUAUUCCCGACGCAGCUGAAGAUGGAUCCGAGCAGGAGGGCGAGUGGCAGCAUACGGAUACGGAGGAUGAACUUGAUGACGAGGACGAGAAUGAAGACCACAACCCCGGGAGUAUGACACGCCCGCGCAUGGAGAAUUUCCGGACUAGCACGCCGAAUAGUCGUGGACUGCCCCCUCCGCCGUUUAUGCGACGGGAUGUCCAGGGCGAGACUGAGGCUCAGCGGCGGUUUAUUAAUCGCUGGAGUGGAGGUGGUGAUGCAUUCGACUCGAGCAGUAUGAUGUUUGAGGAGGAUGAUCUGCGUGCUUCGAUGACUAGCCAGGGUAGUCGGCGUAGUGGCUUUGGUCGACACUAUCCUCGCCGGGUUGGUGGUCCAAGGGAUAGCCUCAAUUGA